UUUUAUUGACACACAAGGAAGAGACACCCGGGCACCGCUGUUUUUAUUAUUGAGAACGUGAAACCUCCGAAGAGAACUUCCAGUAAAACCACACGACGUCAUGUCUUCAGACUUCGAAGCCUACGAGCAGGACUUUGGAACCGUUACGGCAGAAGUGACCAACAAAAUCGGGAGAAUUCCCAAACUGAGUGGAGAAGAGAAAACGCAGCUGGUUCUAAAUGUCGACAAACAGCUUGAAGAAGUCAGAGAGUUGUUGGAGCAGAUGGACCUGGAGGUGCGGGAGAUCCCAGUCCAGAGCCGAGCCAUGUACAACAGCCGCCUGAAGAGCUACAAGCAGGAGGUGGAGAAGUUGGAGAAGGACUUUAAAAGGUCACGCAUCGCCUACAGUGACGAAGUGCGCAACGAGCUCCUGGGGGACGACGCCAGCUCCUCGGAGAGCCAGUUGAUAAAGUUACGCGAAGAGAGAGCGCAUCUGCUGGACAACACAGAGAAGCUGGAAAGGUCAUCGCGGCGACUCGAGGCCGGCUACCAGAUCGCCGUGGAAACCGAACAAGUGGGUCAAGAAAUUCUCUCUAACCUUCACACCGACCGUGAGAAGAUCCAGAGGGCCCGAGAGAGGCUGCGAGAAACGGACGCCAACCUGGGCAAGAGCUCCCGCAUCCUCACCGGCAUGCUGAGAAGGAUCAUCCAGAAUCGCGUGCUGCUCUUCGUCUUGGGAGCCUUCAUCGUCCUCACCAUCAUCCUGGCCAUCUAUUUCAAUCUGCGGGGCCACUGAUCCUCCAAACACACACACACAUCCAUCUUGACACCAACACAAACACACACACGCGUGAUUAAUAGCGACAAAAAGCCUUGUUGGGCUGUAAUUAGGACAAAUGGUCACCAUGAAUCAAGCUUUUCCAACGGCUGACAAGGACUUUUUUUUUUUUUUUUUAAACCCCUCCUCCUCUCCAACUUCUUGCUUGGUUUUUGUCGAUCUUUUCUCCUCCGUCAUGCUCCGGCGUCCGUCCGUCUCCGGGGACAGAAAUAGAUUCAUGGCGUUGAUCUUGGCCCCUUCCACCGCAAGGCACAUUCGGAAAGUAAAUGACGGGCAGAUCUUCAUUCUUGGUUGUUGAUGUGCGAUGAUUCGUUUGGUUCCAAUACUUUUUAACACAUUUGCGUUCCCCUCUCGUCGUUUCCACUUCCUAGCGUGUGUACUAACGUUUAAUUGGAAAUCAUGUAUAGCUUGGAAAUGUUUAUGUAUGUAUUUGAUUCUGCUAUUUAUUUAUAAAGGCGUCUUCUUGUGCUCAAACUGUA